ACUGUGGGGAAUCCAGCAGGAGAUGGACCCGGGGUGUAGUUCCAGUCUUUACUUUGGAAGCUGCACAUUCUGCAGCACGGCGGUGUGCGGGGAAGGGACAGCCUGCCGGGCCAUGGGACGUUUAUUCCACAACACUUGUUUCACCUGCAGCGUUUGCAGCGAACAGCUCAGUGGGAAGCCAUUUUAUUCAGUAUCAGGAAGAAUCUACUGUGAAGUUCAUUUCUUGAACUCAGGAGCUCAUCCAGCCCAAGAAGUGUGUAACAGCUGUGGGUAUUUAAUGAAGGACAUGAUUUUGCAGGCUCGGGGGAAGUUCUACCACCCGUCCUGCUUUCGCUGUGUGGUCUGCAGACGGAGUCUGGAGGCCGAGCCCUUCACUGUAGACACAGACAACCGGGUUUACUGUGUCGACGACUACCGCAGGGUGCGAGCCCCUCUGUGUGCUGCAUGUAGAGUGCCGAUACUGCCAACUGAAGGUUCUACAGAGUCUAUUCGGGUGGUAUCAUUUGACAAAAAUUACCAUGCAGAGUGCUACGGGGGAGAGGUAAACCUCAUUUGAACACAAAAGCAUUUUGAAAUCUUUGUUUUUUUCCCCCCACUCAUUUUGAAACAGUAAAUAGAAAAUACAUGCUGUAGUUAAUCAAUCUGUUUUAGCAAUUUAAAUUUUCUGUCUUAAUAAAG